UAAAAUUGCAAGGAAAUGCAGAAUUUGCCAUUUGGUUAUCUCUCUUCACUUCUCUCUCUCACCAACCUGGGUAUUGUCAUUCCUUUCCUCCGACCACACCACUUUUAUUACACACACUCGAUUCUCUUCAUUCUCACACUUAAGUUUUUUUUUUUUUUUAUAAUUUAUUUUCUUCAAUCUUUCUCCCAAAACCCAUUGUUUCUCUUCACUCACUUACUCACUCUCAGAUCGGUGUUUCGUAACCAGGCUUGGAUUUUGUGAGCAUGUUCGGUUUAUGAAAUAUGAAGUGAACUUUUAUCAUUGAUAUUUGGUUACUGGGGGAUCCAUACUAUGGGGUCUCAAGGUGGUGGUGAAAGUAAUGGUAAACAUGCACAGCUUCAGCCUUUGGCACGGCAAAACUCAAUGUACAGUCUUACGCUCGAUGAGGUUCAGAAUCAAUUAGGUGACUUAGGAAAACCCCUAGCUAGUAUGAACCUUGAUGAGCUUCUAAAAAAUGUAUGGACUGCUGAGGCCAACCAGUCUAUAGGUAUGGAAAUUGACCGCACAACACAAGCUAAUCAAGCUGCGCUGCAGCAUCAAGCUAGUCUAUCGAUAACUAGUGCGCUUGGCAAGAAGACAGUUGAUGAGGUAUGGAGAGAUAUCCAGCAACAUAAAGAUAACAACGAGAAGAAGCCUCGAGACAGACAAGCUACAUUGGGAGAGAUGACCUUGGAGGCUUUCUUGGCGAAAGCAGGGGUCGGGAUUGUCCCUGAAGCAUCGGGUAAUACUAAAAGUGCUGGUCCUUUAGCUGUUGCUGAUUCUAAUUUAACAGCACCACCAUUCCCUCCACAAGGUCCAAUGAUGCAAUAUGCACAACCACAGUAUCAGCAUCCUCAGCAAAGUUUAAUGGGGAUGUAUAUGGCUGGCCAGAACAUAGCACAGCCAUUGCACAUGGGGGCUGGUGCUGCUUUGGAUGUUCCAUAUGCUGAUGGUCAGGUGGCAAUGCCUUCACCUUUGAUGGGAAGCUUGUCCGAUACGAAGAUACAUGGGAGGAAAAGGGGCACACCGGAGGACAUAUUGGAGAAGACGGUGGAAAGGAGGCAGAAGAGGAUGAUCAAGAAUCGGGAAUCUGCUGCCCGAUCUAGAGCAAGGAAGCAGGCUUACACAACGGAAUUAGAGAAUAAGGUGUCGCGCCUGGAAGAGGAAAAUGAAAAGCUGAGGAAACGGAAGGAACUAGAGAACCUGUUGUCUAGUGCACCCCCACCACCCCAACCUCGAUAUCAGAUUCGCCGAACAUCAUCUGCCUCGUUCUGACAUCUGUACCUGUAAGUGGAGGCAGGGUAGUCAAUCAAAGGCACCAAAGCUGUUGUAUUAGUUGGUGCUUUAGGUUGCCUUUCUUGAUAACAGUUUAAAUAAAAAGGGG